AUGGAUAGCAAUAUUCUCAGUAUGGACCUCCGCGUUGGCGGUAAGUAUAGAAUUGGUAAGAAAAUAGGUUCAGGUUCAUUUGGUGAUAUCUAUCUUGGUGUUAAUAUCAUCUCUGGUGAAGAGGUGGCUAUCAAAUUAGAAUCCAUCAAGGCAAAGCACCCACAGCUUGAGUAUGAGGCGAAAGUAUACAAAACUCUUGCUGGCGGUGUUGGUGUCCCUUUCGUACGUUGGUUUGGUAGAGAAUGCGAUUACAAUGCAAUGGUCAUUGACCUCCUCGGUCCCUCCCUUGAAGACCUUUUCAACUUCUGUAAUCGCCGUUUCACCUUGAAAACCGUUUUACUCCUCGCAGAUCAACUAAUUUCACGCAUUGAAUACAUUCACAGCCGCAAUUUCAUCCACCGUGACAUCAAACCUGAUAAUUUUCUUAUGGGCAUCGCUAAAAGAGGAAACCAAGUUAACAUCAUCGAUUUCGGUUUAGCUAAGAAGUAUAGAGACCCAAAAACUCAUUUACACAUACCUUAUCGUGAGAAUAAGAACCUCACUGGUACUGCACGUUACACUUCCAUCAAUACUCACUUGGGCGUAGAGCAAUCUAGACGUGAUGAUCUAGAAUCCUUAGGGUACGUUUUCAUGUACUUCUUACGUGGUCAAUUACCUUGGCAAGGUCUCAAAGCUACCACAAAGAAGCAAAAAUAUGAUAGAAUUAUGGAGAAAAAGAUGGUUAGCUCAACUGAAGUUUUAUGUCGCGGUUUCCCUCAUGAGUUUGCUAUCUACCUCAAUUACACUAGAUCUUUACGGUUCGACGAUAAGCCUGAUUACUCUUACUUGAGAAGGUUAUUCAGAGACUUAUUCAUUAGGCAAGGCUUCCAAUACGAUUAUGUUUUCGAUUGGUCUGUUCAACAGAGAUACGAUGAUAGACGUAAACAAGCUCCUGAAGAGGCUACCACUCAAGCUGCCACAGGUGCUCAAACUCCUGCUGCUGCUGCAGCUAACCCCUCAGCUCAACCCGCUGUUAAACAAUCUGACAGAGUUUUGAGAUCAUCAACUCGUCAUGCAGAUGGUCAGCCACAACCACAAGCAGGACCUUCUGGAUCUAGACAAGCAUGGUAUUAA